AUGGCGGCUCCGGGGGUCGCGGCGGCGGAGGUUUCCCCGGAGCGGCUGGCCGAGGUGGAGGCUCUGCUGGCGGAGCGGGUGUCGGAGCCGGUGCGGGCGCGUUGGCGCUGGGAGGUCAACCUGGGACAGCCGAACCUGCAGCGGUUCCGGGCGCAGCUGAGCGAGGCCCGCCGAGGCAGGGACACCCUGCUGGCCCGGGACGCGGCGCUCUCGGAGGCGGAGCAGCAGCGGCUCCAGGGUUUCCUGAGGCUGGAGAUGGCGCUGCUCCGCUGGUUCCAGGCGCGCAACGAGCGCGAGGCGGCGCGGCGGGCCCGACGGAGAAAGCCCGUCGGCGGUACGAGUGGAGUGGCCGCGUCUGCCGCGGGCGGCGAGAGGUCUGCUGCGGCACCGCCGGCCCUGGCCAAGGAGGAGGAGGCGGACAAAGAGCAGCCGGUGCCGGCCCAGCCAGCAGCCGCAGCCGCGCCCACCACUUCAGUGGAGAAGGUGACGGCUCUGCGGGAGGCGCUCCUGGGCGUGACGGUGGAGUUGGAGGCGGCCGAGGGCCGGGGGCGGCCGGUGCGCGCCGCGCGGAAGCUGGAAGGGGCCCUGGCGGCGUUCCUGGACGACCAGCUGUGGGAGAGCCUGCGGGAGUUGGGCCGGGCGGUGCGGAAGGAAGGACGCAUCCGGGCCCGGCAACUGCUGGCCCUGCGGGAGGCCCUGGAGGAAGAAGGCUGGGCCGAGAAUGCCGAUGCGUUGCGGAGGGAGCUGGAGGGGCUGCGCACCGGCCUGCAGGAGGCGUCGCUGGAAGGGCUGCAGCCGAUGCUGGAAAAGGCCGAGGCGCUGCUGCGGAAGACGGACUGCUGGGAGGUAGCCUGCCUGGAGAAGGGCUUGUGGGCAGGCCCUCUGGAGGAGGCUGAGAUGGCCCGGAGAGAAGCCGAAGCCUUUCGCCGGACCCUCCAGCAGGUGCCCCUGGGGCAGGGGGAGGCAGCCCUGCGAAGAGCUGCCCGGGAGGCGCCUGUGAAGGAGGCGCAUGUCCUGUGGGAGAAAGCGGCGGCCCUGGAGACGCAGGUGCUGGCCUUCUGGUCAGACACGCUGAUGCAGGCGGAGGUGCUGCUGGCCCAGGUGGACUCCCUGAGGAGCGCCCUGCAGAACUCCUCCCUAAAGGAAGCCCUCUGGGAGAAGGUGGAGGAGCUGCAGGAUGCCUUGCGGGAAACCACCAGGGAGAAGGUUGGCCUCUUGCCCUUGGACAUUUGGGGCAAGAGCCCACGGGAGAUGUGCAGCCGCCUGUAUCAACUCUGCCAGGAUUGGCUGCAGCCAGAGAAGAAGACCAAGGCACAGAUGCUGGAUCUGGUGAUCCUGGAGCAGCUGCUGGCCGUGCUUCCUGCAGAGAUGGCCAGCUGGGUGCGGGAGUGUGGAGCGGAGACCAGCGCCCAGGCAGUGGCCCUGGCCGAAGGCUUCCUGUUGAGCCAGGCGGAGAAGCACCAGCAGGAAGAGCUGCAGGUAUGUCAGAUGCAGCAGCCCUUUCUGGAAGCCAUCCCGAGGCAUCCUAAAAGGAGCAAGGAUCUGUCAGAUGCCUCUCAAGGGCUGCCUUUCAGGGAGAUCCCCCAAGAAGAUCCAGGUUGGGACAUCUCAGGAGGAUCGUCACCUUUUCCUGGUGGAACUGAAAGAAUGGCUGAACCUCCAGUUCAGGGUCUUGUAUCCUUUGAGGAGGUGGCUGUGUGUUUCUCCAAGGAAGAGUGGACUCAGCUGAAUCCCCACCAAAAAGCCCUCCACGGGGAAGUCAUGAGGGAGAACCUGAGGAAUGUGGCCUCCCUGGAUACUGUUGGGCAAGAGAACGUGUGCUGUAGGCAAAUACUAGAAGCUCUCAGACGCAAAGAAGGAAGAAACCAAACGGAACUAAAAAGUCAUGAGAGAAACCGGUCAAAGGAUGGAAGCAGAAAGUUUUCUGCUCUUCAAUGUGAUGAAAUUCAAGACAGAGCAGCCCUGCACCUUUCCAAAGGAAAAAGGACAAGGUGUUUUGGGAAAAGUGCGAAAACAUUCAGAGAAAAAUCAGAUUUAAAUGAACAUGAUCGAACUCACACUAAAGAAGAAGCUCAUCAGAACAGGGAAGAUGAAAAAAGUUACAGCUGGACCUUCAUUCUUUCGUUACGUGAUAGAAUCAACAUGGGGGAGAAACCCUACAAAUGCAGAGAGUGCGGGAAGAACUUCAGGAGCAGCAGCCAGGUUACUUCCCACAGGAGGAUCCACACGGGAGAAACCCUAUAA